AUACAACGACUAUCUUCUUCUAUCUCCUUGUAUCUCUCACCUAACUUUGCAAAGAAAAUAAAUAUAAACUCUCUUCCUCUUUUCUUUUAUUUCUUGAAAAACCUCCAUCUUUUUGAUUACGUCUAAAAUGCCAUCUAAAAAGGCAACAAAACCAACCCGAGCUAAGAAGAAACUCAAAAGAACUCAUGUCAAGAAACCACUUCUACAACCCAAGGACACUCUUCCCGAUCAUACUUCUUCAUCUAGUAUCGUCUCUUCGUGUUCUUCCACAGCGACAUCGUUUUCACAUCAAGACCCAAAUAAGUCUAUCCCCUCUCCUUCUCCGGCCGUGCUGACGUUGUCAUCAGGUGAAGGUGAUGGCAGCGGCGGUUGUUGCACCCCUAAAGCUUAUAAGUAUCGGAUACCGGAGAUGUUGAUUUGUCCACCGGCGCCUAAGAAGCAAAGAGUACCACAGAACUGCGUGUUACGGCGGAGGCAGAUCGUUUUCUUUGCUCCUCCGGAGAUCGAGCUCUUCUUUGUCAGAGCACACGAUAUAUGAACAAAUUUGAAUUAAUAUUUUUUAGUCUUUUUGUUAUUGGUGAUAGCUAGGAUCAAUCUAUUAUCUAUACAGAAAGUUGUAUGUGAAGAUGAUUAAAAAAAUUCAUCUCUUUGAUUUGUUAAUACAAUAAUGAAGAGUAUAUUAUAUUGUUUCGAAUGA